GCUCUGGCUGGCCGGCGUAAAGGGGGCUAAUUUCCAGGACGUCGUCACCCUGCGGCACCAUGGUUGACGUGUGAUGGUGGGCAGGGAGGCGCGUCAUGGGGGACCCGCUGGAGGCCGUGGAGGGGUCGGACUCGGAGAUCAGCCGCCUGUUCCCCAAGUGCCGGCCUCGCUCCACCACCCACACGCCCACCACCACGCCCACUGACGCCCGCCGUUCCGACCUAAACCUCAACUGUGUCCUCGACUCCGACGACAACGACAACUACGAGCCUCAGCUCACGACUGGUGACUUGCCAAGGAUCUACGACAACGCCAAGCUGAGUCGAGACAGCGGGAGCAGCGGGCGCAUGUCGGUGGACAGCGGCUCCGGCUCCCACUCGGGCUCCACGCCGGACUCCAGGUCGGGCUCUCACUCCGGCUCCCACUCCGAGUCUGCCAAGAUGGAGCGCAGCACCGAGGACGUCGACAUGGACGUGGACGUGUCAGUCGUCAGUGCGUAUGAUGACUAUGACGACCGUUAUCUCAGGUCGUCUGUGCUGGAUUCCUCCUACGAGGAGACGCCGCCGCCACUGCCGCCCUCCUCUCGUCCCCAGCCGCAGCGCCGCGAGCACUUCCGUCUGCGAGACUCCCGCAUCGAGAUAGCCGGCGGGCGGGAGGUGUUCAGUCACAGCCGGUCUCGCCCUGCACGCCGCAGACACGACGAGUCGCAGCGGCGGAGAGGGCAGCAGCACCAGCACUACCAGAAGGAGCGCCAGCAGCAGCAGCACCAACAGCAGCCUCAGCAGCAGCAGCAACAACAGCAGCAGCAGCAACAGCAGCAGGAAGACCCCCAGUGGCCAGACUCCCCAGGAGGUAGCGAGGAGCGGAGCCGCGGGUGUUCCAUGCGUCAGUCCCCGCUGGUCUACGAGACACGGCUGGCGGGUUCUUCAGAGGUCGUUUUUGACGACAUCGGAGAGUGGGUGGCCCGCGGCCUGACCGUAAGGGCACUUGAUGACCGGCCGGCCUCUCCGAGCUCCCCCACGGCUCAGCACGCCAUGGGGCCGCCGGAUCCCGGCGACCAAGGCUACUUGGCGGCCUACGAACGGUCAACGUCACCCUCUGACUCAGACUCAACCCAAGAGUCCGCCACGCACAAGGUCACAAAGAUCGGCAAUGUUCCUAUCGCCGAGUACGAGGGGUCGCCGCGGCGGUAUGGUCCCCGCCCUUCCCCGAGAACCCACAGUCCCCGCGGGGGGCAUCACGCCCCUCCACCGCGACCGCCACGGCCUGGCUUCCCUCGGCGAGUAACUGCAGACGAGGGAGCGACCAGAGAAAGAGAAACCUCCUCUUGUGAGCCUCUGGCUGUGCUUUCCAGUGAGGUAAACUCUCCCCAGGAAGAGAACACAGAAGCUGGUGCCUCCGAGGACCCCAGCAGUGAUCAGCCGGGUCCUGACUCAUGCUCGGAGGCAGAAAGCUCGUCCCCGGCGCCGCCCGUCAUAGCCAUAUCCACCCUCACGUCCUCGUACUCAGGGAGCCUCGCCGCGCAGCCUGAGCCCGCCGCCGCCGACACUGAGAUGUACGACUACUCGUACGAAAUGUCGGAAACCAGAAAAGUCUUAGAGGAGUUCUUCAAGGAGCAAGGAGCGCGUGGAGACGAGUUCCUUGACCUUGAGUACCAUCUCAAGCGACAGCAAGGCAACAGUUACGUGGGCUUGCGGCUAGCGGCCGAAUACAGCGAGGAGCCGUCGGCGGGUGAUGGCGGCGAGCUUGAGCCUCCUGCGGUCAGCAGCACUGACCAGCAGACCACUUCCUCAGAACACCAUAUCAGUAGCUCAGAUCACCACAACACUAGUUCUGACUACCACAACUCCGUAGAUGCCCUCAAUAACCCUGUGGAGCACCACCCCAACGGCGUGGAGCAUCACAGUAACAGCGCGGAACACGUCAACAGCAGCGCGGAACUCUGCGCAAAGGAUGCCGAGGAGAUGAACAGUGAACCGGAGCCCCGAGGCGACCCGCCGCCAGACCACGCCGUCCAUCCCGACCCUGGGCUGGACCACCCCACGCACGAGGUAAGCUCAGCGUCCCCUGGUCCCUUCAGCCACCACCUCGACCUGUCUUAUGAAGCACAUCAGAGUACAGCACAAGAGCAGCAGCAGGCACCAGAUAGCUUCAGUAUUAGCAGUAAUCACAGCACUCACAGCAAUAACAGCACGCACAGCGGGGCGGGCGAUGACCCGCUGCCCGACGAGCUGCUGGAGGCCGGUGAUGACCCCCUCCAGGAGAGCAAUGAGCUGUAUGACAGGCUGAGUGAGGUAGUGGCGGCUGCCUUAGGGCGGGAGUGUCAUUCCGACGACAGGUCUGGCGACGACAUCCCAGGUCUCGAGGACUUGAACCCAGGUCUCGAGGACCUGAACCCAAGUCUCGAGGACCUGAACCCAGGUCUCGAGGACCUGAACCCAGGUCUCGAGGACCUGAACCCAGGUCUCGAGGACCUGAACCCAGGCCUCGAGGACCUGUCUAGUCACGAGGACCCCGGGCUGUUAGACCUGUCCACCGAGGGGGACCAUGACACGGCCUCCACUAAUCCUCAGACCGAAGACUUGGCCGAGGCCGAGGUGGGACUCCAGGUGGGUCACUCCCGCAACUUCACGCUGUCCCCUGAGACCACGUCCUGUGACUCUGGGGAUGUGGAGAGUGAUUACUCAGGGGUGGACCCCGAAGGGUCUGUCCACUCCUCCUCACGGGGAAUAUGUUCCGCCAUGCCUGUUUUAGAGGACGGGUUGUCUUCAGGAGAAGAAAGCGGCUUGGAAGUACCUGAAGAAGAGGAGAGCAAAGAGUCUUUGUAUGAACAGGAACAAGAGGAGCUCAAGGUUGAGUUGUUAGAGGAAGAGCAGCAGCAGCAGCGGCCUGUGGUUCGGUCUCUGGAUGAGCAGUUGUGUCGUGGUGAGCUGCCGCCUCUCAACCCACUCCCAGCGUUCAGCUCCCACAACUCACCCCUUCCCAAUGCUGCCAGUUCACCCCAUACUAAACUUCACUCACGAACUUCCUCUCAUAAUAAUACUCAGUCUCCUUCAUCUUCAACACUCAAACUCAUGAAGAAACAGAUCACAGAGAUUGAGAGGGAGAUAGCCAUGAGGAGACCAGAUGGGGGGCCCAGGAGGGGGGGGCAUGAUGGAGAGGGACCCCAGCCCCCCCUUGACCUGCACCUGCUAGAUCCUCUCAAUGAGAAGAUGCCUGAGCCGCCGCCGCCGCCUGCUCCUCACCCUCACCGUGGAGGCUCAGCCGCUGACUCUGUUGUAGAAAAUGGUAGUUCAUCCUCAACCCCAAAUCAAAUGCCAGCCGUGUCCCCCAGCCACGUCCUUGGCCACCUGCACUCUCCUCAAUACACUCCAGGUUAUGCGUGCAGCAGAGGCAAGUAUCUGCCCGCCUGCAGGAUUUCAGGGCCAAGUAGUGGUCCUCACCUCCUAAGUGCCAUGGGGUCCCUCACCAGUCCAGUGCAGCACAAGGUGGCGCCCCACAUGGUUCAGGGCCACCCAGCAGCGCACGACCUCCUCCACAACGCAGCUUCAGGCGGAGGAGUUGGCCAGAGCCGAGAAAGUGUUGAAGCAGCGAUAGCAGAUAUCAAACAAGCCAUUAGGAGAACCAAAAACUUGCCUAUCAAAUCUCAUUCACAAGAGAGGUCCCCCAUCAAUGACAAAGCUCCUGUGUGGAUACCUCGGAACAGCGGCGUGCGGCGGGACCCGUUGCAGCUGCAGCAUCAACAGCCACAGCAAACAUCACCGUCACAACAACAACAACCACCACAACAACCACAGCAACCACAGCAACAGCAGCAGCAGCAACAGCAACCUCAACAACAGCAACAACAACAACAGCAACAAACACAGCAGCAGCAACAGUCGCCCCAAGCACAGCCUCAGCACCCCAGCAACGGGCAGCAGUCUGAACAGCAGUCCCCACAGCAGCACAGCCCACAGCCACAGCAGCCCCAGUUGGAGGCGGCGGCAGCGGCAGUAGCGGCGGUAGCAGCCGAGGCCAGCCGGAGCCCUGACCCCGGGCGUCAUGAGGAGGGUGAGUGUUACCGGACUUGUGUUGCGUACUUGUUUUUUGUGGUUUGCCGGGGCGAGGCGGCUCAGGAACUGCCUCCUCGCUUCGCUCCCUUCUUGUUUCCUGGGGCGAGAGGGAACUGAAAGGGGCAGGUUUUU